ACUUCCAAGAUUGUUUUUCUUCUUAGACUCAAUUUCCAAACCCUGUGGUCACACAGCCCAGUGCAAAAAAGGAGAAGUUUCUCAGAGAAGGAGGAGGCCCGUAUCAAAAAACUGAUAGUGUGUCAAGACAGAUCUUCGGUUCUCAUCUCCACUAGCCCACUCCAAGCAGGAGAGGGCUUCAAGCCCUGGACAAGGUACUCCCUUCUCUCCAGAGGUCAUGGCUCCUGGGAUCCUGAUACCACUGAUGGCAGUGGUCGUCUGGCACAGUCAGGCAACUCCCAUGAUUGAGCCCAGUGGUCCAAAUCUGGUGGUGGAACGUGGAUCAACUAUAACUCUUCGCUGUGAGGGCAAUGCCAAUGUGGACUGGGUCAGUGAUGUGAACUUGCACACCAAUGGCUGGAUUCAGGACACCAUGGGCAACCUCAGCACCCUUAGUAUCAUCAAUUCUACAAUUAGUCAUACAGGCACCUACCAAUGUUUGGAAAAGGGGGAAGAAAACUCAAACGGGGACAACUCUACCGCCUCCCUGCAUCUCUAUGUGAAAGAUCCAGAAAAUCUUUGGAGCGUCCCUCACAGUGAGGUCACUGCUGAGGAGGACAGUGAUGUGCUGCUGCCAUGUCGGAUAACAGAUCCCACAGCAGAGCCUUGGGUAUCUCUGGAACACAGCUAUGGAAAACCUUUCCGGAGCCACUACACCUUUGACUCUCGGAAGGGCAUCACUAUCCAAAAGGUCCAGUUCAUCCACAGAGGGGAUUACCGCUGUAAGACUGUGGUUGGAGGAAAGAGCAAAUACUCCUCAAAGAUCUCUCUGAUUGUGGAUAAAGUCCUCUUAGGGCCUCCAAAGCUGUGGCUAGAACCUUCUGAGCUGGUGCAGAUUCAAGGGGAACCUGUCCAGAUUAUCUGCAGAGCAACCAAUCCAGAUGUACAUUUUGAUCUUGUCUUCAAACAUCAACAGAAGGAGACCUCUUAUCUGAACAAAUAUGACUAUAAUUCUAAUGAUGACGUCUAUCAAAAUACCAUCAACUUCACCAUACCAGCUGUGGGCCCAGAGGAUGGGGGCACUUAUUUCUGUAAUGCUUCCAACCCUAAGGGCUACAACAUUUCUUUCACUGUUCUAAAGGUGGUGGAGCAUGGAUAUGUGAACCUAUCUUCUGAGCAAAGCCUGCGCCUAGAGAUGGAUGUUGGGAAGGACUUGGUCUUGAUGGUCAGUGUUGAGACUUAUCCUACAAUGCUUCAUUGGAACUGGACUUAUGAUGGCCCCUUUCUCAACUCCCAGCGCAGUCUUCCCAACUCCAUUUCAGAGACAACCUACAGGUUCAACACAACCCUCCCUCUAUCUCGCCUGAAAGAGUCAGAAGCUGGGUACUACACUUUCCAUGCUGAAAACUCGGAUGCUAAGGCUUCUCUCAGCUUUGAGGUCAUCCUAAACUACCCUCCAGAGGUACAAGUCCAGCAGGCAGAAUUCAACAUCUCUAAUGUCCUUCGCUGCAUCGCUUUUGGGUAUCCAGCCCCUGAGAUUAUGUGGUACCGCUGUUCUGGCAAGGAAGAAAGGUGCAACCAGGACAGAGUACUGCUGUGGCGUGAUAUCAAUGCCUCAGUCGUGAGCCAGGAGCCCUUUCACAAAGUGAAGGUUGAGAGUAUGCUUCAUAUCCAAACCCUGAUGGAAAACACUACCUACAUGUGCAUGGCUAGCAACAAGGUCGGGAACAACUCACACAGCUUCUGGCCCAUCCUAACAAAACCAUCCUUCCAGCCUGAAAGAGACAGUCUUUUUACCCCUAUCCUCAUGGUCUGCAUUUCCAUUAUGGUCGUACUUUCUCUUCUGCUCCUCCUACUCCUGUACAAAUACAAACAGAAACCCAAGUACCAAGUACGCUGGAAGAUCAUUGAGGCCUGUGAAGGGAAUAACUACAUCUUCAUUGAUCCUACACAACUGCCCUAUAAUGAGAAAUGGGAAUUCCCCCGAAAUAACCUGCAGUUUGGUAAGACCCUGGGAGCUGGAGCUUUUGGGAAAGUAGUGGAAGCCACAGCCUUUGGUCUGGGGAAGGAAGAUGCUGUCCUCAAAGUGGCUGUGAAGAUGCUGAAGUCCACUGCUCAUGCAGAUGAGAAGGAGGCCCUCAUGUCUGAACUGAAGAUCAUGAGCCACCUGGGGCAGCAUGAGAACAUCGUCAAUCUGUUGGGAGCAUGUACCCAUGGAGGCCCAGUCCUGGUCAUCACAGAGUAUUGUCACUAUGGUGACCUGCUCAACUUUCUACGCCGUAAGGCAGAGGACAUGCUGGUGCCAACCCUAAGUGCUGAGCCUGAUGGAGGCCCCGGGUACCGGAACGUCCAUCUGGAGAAGAAAUAUAUGCAUGGCCAGGGCCUGGACACCUACGUGGAGAUGAGACCCGUCUCCUCCUCCUCUUCUGGCUCCUUCUCUGAGCAGGAGCUGGAUCAGGAGGAUGGACGGCCCCUAGAACUCUGUGACCUGCUCCGUUUCUCCAGUCAAGUGGCCCAGGGCAUGGCGUUCCUCGCCUCCAAGAACUGCAUUCACCGGGAUGUAGCUGCCAGAAACGUGCUGGUGACCAGCAGGCGAGUAGCCAAGAUUGGGGACUUUGGGCUGGCGAGGGACAUCAUGAAUGACACUAACUACGUGGUCAAAGGCAAUGCUCGCCUGCCUGUGAAGUGGAUGGCUCCAGAAAGCAUCUUUGAUUGUGUCUACACCGUGCAGAGUGACGUCUGGUCCUAUGGCAUUUUGCUCUGGGAAAUCUUCUCCCUGGGUUUGAGCCCUUACCCUGGCAUCCUGGUGAACAGUAAGUUCUACAAGUUGGUGAAGGAGGGAUAUCAGAUGGCUCAGCCCAACUUCUCUCCCCCAAACAUAUACAGCAUUAUGCAGGCAUGCUGGGACCUGGAGCCCACUCGAAGACCCACCUUCCAGCAGAUCUGUUCCUUUCUUCAAGAGGAGAUGGAUGCUACUAGUAAAAAGCAGGACUAUGCCAACCUACCCAGUAGUGGCAGCAGUGAGGAAGAAGACAGCGUCAGUGAGCCGCUGGACUGUUGUGACCAAGUAGACAGCAGCCAGCCCCUAUUGCAGGCCAACAACUACCAGUUCUGUUAAGUCAAAGAGUAUCUACCUCUUGCUUCUCUAGAUUGCCUAGUUCCUCUGUGGAAGGGCCAUCCUGAGGCAAGAAGAGACUCUCGAUGAUUUAGUUAUUUCACUGAAGGGCUGAGCCCAACUAUGAAGCUCAGGAAUAUAAAAUAGGUUAGCUAUUUCCCUGGGAAUGCAGUUAUUUUUGUAUGUCAGGGUCAGAGUGGCACAGGAUGGCUGUGACCUUUCUUGGCCUUUCUCAACCCACUGGUGCUAUAACAGCCUAUUUUGCCAUCUAUUGCUAAAUAUCAUCUUAGCAAAUUUAUCUUUUUCCUCUCCCCACUUAAAUAAUUUCUACCUUUAUGGCUAAGAAUUCCUCUCACUUCUUUCCCUGUGGAAGGCUAAACUAGUUCUCAGGAAUUGAAACAUUGCUUAAUUGGGUGUGGGUUGAGGUUCAAAAUCCAAACAUUACUGGAGAAGCAGCAAGGUAUGGAGUAUAGGAUGCAGAAUCAGAAUCAGAAAGGCCUGGGUUUCAAUCUGUCUUGUAUGGCCCUAGGCAAGGGCCUCUCUCAUCUAUAAAAUGAUGAAGUUGGAUUCCAUUAUCUCUAAGGUCCCUUCUAGCUCUAAAUCUACAAGCCUGUGGGAACAGGAACAAGCCUGGGUAGGCAGGAGUGGCAGGGCAGAAGAGCAUCAUGUCCAGAAAGUGUCAGCCAUCAGUAGUAGUGAAGGUGUUCCUCAGAGAGGUUAUACUUAUUAUCCCUACUCAGCCUAAGGCUUACAUGUAGCAUUUCUGCCACAAAUAACUCCAGGGAUACACUUCCUUGGGGAGGCACCACAGCAAAUUAAUUUUGUGAAAGUUUGUUUCUGUGUUUUGUUCUGUUUUGGUUAGAGUUUAAAUGAUGGGACUACUUGGGCUUCCUUUCAUAGCAGAUUACAUGCUGCUUAGAGUUGUUUUGGCAUUAAAAAGUCCAAGAUCUAAUAAUGUCAGGACUUACCUUCUUUAGUCCUUUGAGUUACCAGGCAUUGCUUUGAGGGCUGGCUAAUGUUGGCAUUUGGCUGGCAGGUCCGAAAUGUACCCGAAAGCAUUAAACUAAGCAUUAAACUAACAGUCAUCUCACAAGAUGGCAAGGUCAUGAUUAAACUAACAACAUUAACUCA